CAUUAAUGGACAGAGAUCUAUAAAGAAGAGAAGCAAUAAUAAGAAUGAGAUAAUAAAAGGGAGAAUUAUUCUUCAGAAUUAUUCAAAAUAACGAGGAGUUCAAUCUCGAUGAUUCCAGAAUAGAGAGAUUUGAUUGUAUGAGAAUUGUUCGUUACACACAUAUACAUAUACGUCUUUGCGUUUAAUAUCGUAUAGUGUACCGUGUUUUUUGUAAACUGAAAGCGAGUCGAACACAAAGAAGCUGCAAUAAGUGUUGAAGAGUGCUACUUUAUGUUUUUGAAAAUAAGAGAAGAGGAUCUAUAAAGUUUAAGAGAAACAAAUAGCAAAACGAUACGUUCUUGCGCUUAACAAGAGGUUAGAAAUUCGUAGCGCGGUUUGUUUACGAAGAGAUGGCAGAGAAUUUUGGAAGGGAAACGCCAUCGGCUUACAAGAAAGAAGAAGAAGAAAGCAAGACUGCAGGUCAACCGUUGUCGGACUUUCUAUUGCAGUUAGAAGAUUAUACACCCACGGUACCUGAUGCCAUCAGUGAGCAUUACUUGCAUACAGCUGGUUUUAACACUACGGACCCCAGAAUAGUACGUCUGGUAUCUUUAGCAGCACAAAAAUUUAUCUCAGAGAUUGCCAAUGAUGCGCUGCAGCAUUGCAAAACACGCGGUGCCAAUCAAAAUGCAAAGACAAAAGGGAAAGAUCGACGUUAUACACUGACAAUGGAAGAUUUGACACCAGCAGUUGCAGAAUAUGGCAUAAUAGUGAAGAAACCACAUUACUUUGUUUGAAAAUUAAAAGCAUUUUUGAGUGCAA